AUGACAUACAACAAGAACCAAUGGGAAAAUGUGAACGUAUGGACAUUCGACGUUAUCUGUCUGGCUCGACUCGGUGUUCAGUGUCGUCAGUUCAACCCUAUCAGUGAAUCAUUCAGCAUGAACAACGAGAGCAAGGAUGAAGGGUCCGUUUACUUGGUCGGAAGCCAAAAUCAUCUGGUAGCGAUCAGCUCCAGGAAAACUUUAAAUAUAUGGAAUUACUGCCCUGGCAACAAUUAUUUAUUCUUCUUUGUCCACUUAGCUGCUAGUUUGAAGGAAUCUAUGAACGAGUCUGUAGAUCCUUGCGACGAUUUUUAUCAAUACGCGUGCGGUAGAUGGUCGCAGGAGCAUCCUAUUUCGGAUUACAGCUCGAUGAAUGACUGGUUUAUCGAGCGCAAUAAUCGCAUGAACAGAAAGAUCAGAGAUCUACUAAAAGUCAAUAUGUCUGCAAGUGAGAUGCCAUGGGCAGUGAUGCAGGCCAAGACUCUGUUUAUGAGCUGUAUGCACGAGUAUACCAUGAAUGAAUUCGAUUUGACUCCACUGUUCGAUCUGUUGGAAUUAUUAAAUUUACCUAUGAUACCGUUUGUUACUAAUAAAACGACUAAUUAUGUCGAACAACUUGCAAGCGUAAAGAGAAUUUUGGGCUUUAACAUUUUCUUUAGCUUUGAAGUUAUACCCGAUCCAAAGAAUAAGAGUAAGAACGUAUUAUAUUUCUAUGAUCCGAUUCGUUCCAAUCCUUUUCUCGCCGAUAAAGAAUUGGAAAAACGGUUACAAACCAUCAGAUCGCGAUUGCGAAAAUUGGAUGAGUUAGAUGAUGAUGUGUUGAGCGAGAACGAAGAGGCUGAAUUUACCUAUAUGACUGAUGUUAUUAAACAUAUCAUUAACAAUGGCACUGAUAAUAAAUGCAUCUCAGAUGAAUCGAUAGUUGAAGAUGAAGAAUUAAAAAAAUUUAUUGAGGGGAUUUACAAUAUUAGCAAUUAUUUUUAUUACACGGCUUAUGCAAAUCGAAAUCAGAGUAUUCCAAGAGAAAACUUGAGCGAUAGUGAUUAUAUGCUAGUAGACGAUCUACAAAAAUUGACAGAUGAUUAUGUAAUAAAUAAUAAUUUAUCUUUCACACCUACACCGAUUUGGCGGCCUUUUAUUGAAUCUAUUUUCGAGGGAAUCGUUAAGUUGGAUCUUGAUAACAAGGAUAAGGUUCUCAUUGGUAAUCUGGGGUAUUUGAAAGAUGUUGCAUUACUACUAGCUUAUUUCGAGGAAGAAGCCCUAGAAAGCUAUAUUUGGUGGACGGUUGUGGAUAUUGUGGUGCCUCAGGCUUCAGAAAUACUCAGGGAUAUUUGGAAGAAGUACGUUAGCAAGGUAACAGACGUGGAAGUUAUAGAUGAAUCACAAGCAUUAAAAUGUGGAUUAGUUGUCAAUCAAUUAAUGGGAAUGGCUGUAUCGUGGCUGUUCGUAGAUCCAACAUUUCACGAAAAUAAAGCUAACAAAGUACAGGAAAUGCUAGAGGAUAUAAGAGAGGCAUUCGGCUCACUUGUCAGUAAAACAGAUUGGAUGGAUCAAUCGACGAAAACAGCAACAAUCAAAAAGAGCCAAAAAAUGGAGUACGUAAUUGGAUUUCCCACAUGGCUCUUUAACGAGAAGAAGCUUGAUGAAUAUUAUAAAGGCAUAGACCUAUCGGAAACAAGAUAUCUGGCGAAUAUAGUACAAAUCGUUCAAGUGAAAUUGAACAAUAGGUGGGCAAGCCUGCGCGAAAAUAUAUUCAAUGAGUCAUAUUGGGCAACUGAUCCUACUGAUGUAAACGCAUUUCACACUUUUGAACUUAAUCAUAUAACCAUACCUGCUGGAAUUCUUCAAUUCCCAUUUUAUGACUUGGGUCUUGAGGCUUUAAAUUAUGGCGCCAUUGGCGCAGUAAUUGGACAUGAAUUAACUCACGGAUUCGACAAUAGAGGUCGGCUUUACGACGGCGACGGAAAUCUCCGGCAAUGGUGGACUAAAGAAACCAUCUCAAAGUACUUGGACAGAUCUCAGUGCUUCAUACAUCACUAUAAUACUUAUUACGAAGUGGAGGUAAGUCUAGUUGAUGAGUACAUCGAUGGCGAAUUGACCUUGGGAGAAAAUAUCGCCGAUAAUGGUGGCCUUCGCGAAGCUGUCGUCGCUUAUAAGAAGUGGAAGGCUCGGCAUGGUUAUGAGCCUUUACUUCCGGGAUUAAUGCAGUUUACACACGAACAGUUAUUUUUUCUUUCUUUUGCGCACUUGUGGUGCGAAUCUUAUACUGCUAUAUCACUAAGAUGGAUGAUGAGAGAUCCUCAUUGUCCCAGUCAUGUGAGACUGCAAGCUGUGCUGAGAAAUUCCAAAGAAUUUAGCACUGCGUGGAAUUGUCCAGCAGGUUCGAACAUGAAUCCAUCGAAAAAGUGUCGUUUGUGGUAAAACUUGCGUCUUCGACAAAGACAAUGUUUAUUAUUUAAUAUCGUUGAUUAAUCAAAUGUUUAUCAUUUAUGAGACCAGCAAGCU